UCAUUGAUAAGUUUGACUACGUCUUCGCAGAGAAUGGCACAGUGCAAUACAAGAACGGGCAGCUGGUCUCCAAGCAGGCUAUUCAGGACCACUUGGGGGAAGAGCUGCUGCAGGAUCUAAUCAACUUCUGUCUCAACUACAUGGCGCUGCUGAAGCUGCCCAAGAAACGAGGAACCUUCAUUGAGUUUCGCAACGGGAUGCUGAACAUCUCCCCCAUCGGACGGAGCUGCACGCCAGAGGAGCGAAUCGAGUUCUCCGAGCUGGACAAGAAAGAGCGAAUCCGGGAGAAGUUUGUGGCAGCCUUGCAGAGGGAGUUUGCUGGCAAAGGCCUGCGUUUCUCUCGAGCUCCCUUACCUCUGUACGUUUGCCCCGUCGGCCUUGGUGCCCCUCCAGAUGUUGGCAACCUGCACUUGACUCUUGUGGUGAGAGGUGACACGCCAGGGUCGUGCCCCGAUGAUGUCGACGGGUUCGUUGGCUGGGACAAGCGCUACUGCCUCAACAUCCUUGACGACGAGAGAUUUGACACCAUCCACUUCUUUGGGAACGAGACAACCCCUGGAGGGAACGAUUAUGAAAUCUAUGACGAUCCCCGCACAGUGGGACACAGCGUCCAGUCCCCCCAGGACACGGUCCAGCGAUGCCGCGAAAUCUUCUUUCCAGAGAGAGCAAACGAGUGCUGA